AUGAUCAGGAAAAAGGUGGCCAAAAGUAAACUCACUUCCAUGGUCUUGACCAUGUUAGUAGUCUACCUGGCAUCCAAGUUGGCUGCAAUCCGGACCUUGAAUGCGUUCACCAAGUCCUUCGGGGCCGUCCAGGUGUUUGGUGAGCUGCUCCGGGCCAGCCGGUUGCCUAAAUGGCUGUUUGGCCCGGGUCUGGAAGCUGCUGAGUCUUGA